UGUACCAUAAAGCCUUUUACAAAUAACAGAUGGACCCAAGGGCAGAUAGAUGACUGAAUAAAGAGUGCUUUACUGAGGAGUUCAACUUCAAAAGUACAACAAAAAGUUGUACUUCCACAGAGAAAAACACAAGAAACAAAAGAUGAGCAAAAGGCAAAUCCAAAAACACAACAGACUUAGCUUUCUUGGUGAGGAUAACACAUGCAUAGUAGGCUCAAGACUGAACACAACUGAAAGAAAGAAGCAUGCUUAAAUAUGCAAACACAAACGGGAUAAUGACCCACAGGUGGACGAAAUCAAGUGCUAAAUGAGUAGCAAUACAAUUAAUUCUACAGAAGCUGGGCCACCUAGUGGCUGGGAGAGUCAUUACAAGCUGGAGCCUUACACAGGAACACAUACUCAGCCACAUCCACAGACAGAGACAAAGACGGUAAAAGUGAGGGUGAGAAUGACCACAAAUCUGCAAAAACGAGGGCAAUGGGAACUAUAAAUAGGAGGAAAACACACAAGGAACAGGUGAGAACAAUUAGACCAACAAGGACCAGAAAAGGGCUAACAAGGGGUCUGGUAAAGAGGAAACAAGGAGGGGCUAGAGGAGCACAUGACUGUCAAAAACAACACAGCCAUGUGCUGGCAAGACAACAGUCAUGAGAAACAAAGACAAGACAAAAAGGGUGUGAGGGCUGAACCCUGACACUACCCCCCUCCCAAUGGAUGCUUCCUGGCCUCCAGUCCCACCAAACCAGACCAUAGUUGCAGGAUGGUUGUGGCCACGUAGUGCAGGGGUGGGGGUGGGGGUAAAUGAAGUCAGAGUCAUAAGCAGGCAGCACUGGGGCUGGAGUGAACUCUGGUAACUCACAGGUUGGAGCAGACCGCACAGGAACAUCUUCAGAGGUCAUGACAGGGAGAGCCGUACGCUCAGGAACAGCCUCCACAGGUGGAACAUAACUAGCAGGAGCAUACUCUAAGGGACUCGUCAGAAACAGCAGAGAGCACAUCUGGUAUGAUCUCAGUGAGUGCAACUUCACUAGCAGGCACAACCUCUGUGUCUUCAAGGACAAAACUGACAGGAACAGACUCUUUAGGUGGACCACAACUAGUAGGAACAUACUAAAAGGAACAACCUCUGUGGGCUUAACAAGACAAACAGGAACAUGGCCAUGACCCAACUGGCAGGGACGACCUCCGAGGACAUAACAGGACAGGAACAUUUUAUAUGGCCAUAACUUGACAGGCAGGAACACCGACUACGGCAAUGACCCAACUGGCGGGAACGACCUCUGUAGGUGGGACAGGACGGACAGGAACACUUUAUAUGGCCAGACAGAGUAGAGGUGUAACCUCAGCAUCCCGGCCAAAUUUGCCCAUUGGCCUCUGGCCAACAUGGCCUCCUAAUCAUCCCCAUAUCUACUGAUUGGCUUCAUCACUCUGUUUCUUCUCCACCAGUAAACUGGUGUGUGGUGGGCGUUCUGGUGCACUAUGGCUGCCGUCACAUUUGGCAUAAAGCAAGGACCAUUUAUACAGACUUGACAACUGACUGGAACACCUUCUAUGGACAUAACAACAGGAGUAAUCUCUGGGGAUUUGACACAACUGACGGGAACAUCUUCUGUGGAUGUGAUGUGACAUGACAGACAGGAACAAUCUCAAUGGACAUGAUUGACAGGAACAACUUCUGUAGGCAUGACAUGACAAGCUGGAACAGUCUCUGGCAUAAUUCUAUAGAGAAGUCAAAUAGACUGGACGGCUCAGGAAAAUGCUUUGUAACUGUAACUUGAGGAUCUGAGACCAAGGCCAACCAAACUAAACACCUCUGGACUCACAGCGACUCACCCACGGCUUGAGACUUCAGAAGGAAGGCCAAUAAGUAGAAAUGCAUGUUCCCUCCUCCACAUCUGAGGGGGUGACAAAAUAUAUUGAUCAGCUAACACAGAGUUAAGUAAAGCUGUCUUGAUUGACAUAGAGGUGGCUACAAUGGUCUGACUUGACUGAUUUAGAUUGCUGCAGUGAUCUUAGCCGACCCAGAGGUGACUAGAACUGUUUUAACUGACACAAGGAAGUCCUCAUUGGAGUAUCUGGAACUGACAUGACAAGAUUAACGGAGGCCAGAGCUGACUUGACUAGAUUAAAAAAAUAAAAUAAAUAAACACUGGGGUAGUGAAGCUCAUCUGCUGGGUCCUGUCUUGGCCGGUUCCAGAUGUCAGGUUUCUGCAAGGAGGACCCAAUCGCAUAGUGAGUGACAAGGGUUUAUUACAAAACAGACAUAUACAAGAGGGUAGUGAGGUGUGCAGGUGAUUCAACGGCAAGAACAGAAUAUCAGCAGAGGAAGCAGCAAGACCAGGCAGCUGGAGAUGACCGAGAAAGGCACCAUAGAGCUGAGCUCAGAUACUUGUUGACCACAGACUCUGAAGGGGAUCAGGUGCCAGGGAAGGGGGAACCAGUGGCAGGAACUUACGGGAACAGGUCAGGACAGGAACUCUUACAAUACAACAAAACAAGACAGGGCAAGGCUCCACAGGAACACAAAGGCAGGCAGGAGGAUAGACAAAUAAAAGAACUGAUAAAAAGUAAAAUAAAAUAAAUCGGAAAUAAUUAAAUUAACCAUCACAAAUAACUAAAAAAAAAAAAAAUUAAAAAAAUCAACCAAAAAUGUAAACAAAAGAUCAGGACAAGGAGAACUAGAUGAAUACUAAAAUAAAAGUAAAGAGAUAAAAACGGACCAAAUCCAAAAACAAGGAGCAGGACAAGAACAAAGAACUACAAGGGACUAGACAAGACAAGGGCACAAGACCAACCAGGCAAGGAGACAGGAACACAUACUCAGCCACAUCCACAGACAGAGACAAAGACGGUGACAGUGAGGAUAAGAAUUACCACAAAAAAGACAACAUAGACACAAGAAACAAAGACAAGACAAAUGGGUGUCAGAGCAGAACCCUAACACGUACACAUAAAUAAGUAAUUAUUACUUAUUUAUUAAUUAUUAUUUAAUUACAGUAAUUAUUCAGCACAGUGACUAAAACUUUGAAUAUAUGUCUUACCUUCAGCAGCAAACACCACAAGCAAAGAAAGAAGCAAACACAAGUGCCAAUCCAUGAGGACAGAACUUUAGAGCACUGAAGAGUCUGUUCACUCAGUCCGGUUAUGCAUCUAGCCUGCACCUCAUACGCCUUAUAAAUACAUGCUAACAAAUAUUAUAAAAACAUUAUUAAAAUGAAAUAUAGUACAGUCAUUUAAUAAAAAUAACACUUUUUAAAAUCUGGUUAUGGCAUCUUUAGCAGCAAUAACUGCAGCCAAACACAUCUAACAACUGGAGUCUUUCAAAGCUUUGUGGUGGAAUGUUGGUCCAGCGACACUGGAGAAUUUUCAAGCAUGAAUUGCCCCUUUAAUGUCCUGCCACAGCAAAUCAAUUGGUAUCUAAUCAGGACUUUGAGAGGGCCACUACAAAACAAAUUUAGCUUUUUUCGAGCCAUUCAGUGGUGGACUUACUCCUUUGCUUUGGAUCAUUGUCUUUCUGUAUAAUUCAGUUGGCAACUUAUAGAUUGAAGGCCAGACAAUUGUCUUCAUGAUGUUGUGGUAGAGAGCACAAUUAUUUUUUUAUUCUCUAUUGACAUAAUUAUUUAUGCAAGAAAAAAAGGCUUGUUGUUCUUUCCAUGUUUUCCUUGAAUCUUUUGUGACUUCCUGGAUGAGUCAUUGCUGUGUUCGUGGAGGAAUUUUGGAAGGUUGGCCACUUCUACAGGAAGGUUCGCUACUGUGCCAAGUUUUAUUCAUUUGAAGAUAAUGGCUCUCAUGGUUCUUUGGAGCCCAACAGUUUUUGAAAUAGCUUUGUAGCCCAUCCCAGCAGUGAUGGCUGAUUCUUGAACAAUUCAUUCUUUUGAGCCACCACCACAAAGCACAUGAAGGACUUCAUCAGAGCUGUGGAGAGCAUUGAAGCUGUGAAUCCAGGUCUUCAGAUGCUCGAUGUGGUGAAAGGUCUACGUAAGGCUGCUGGCUUUGAAACCGACCUCAUCAAGCGUUACCUCGGCGACCUCAGUGAUGCACAUGACCUUGUGGCAGAUCCAUCAGUCACUUCCUAUGUAAGCGAGGUCAUUAAUCACAGCCUGUCAGAGUUGGGUAAGGAGAAAGGUGUGGUUCUCACGUUAGAUGGUUCAAAUGUGGCGUUGGCCCCAAUGCUCCUCGGACUUGAGGCUGGGCUGCAGUCCACCGUCCAAGCCCUUUACCCUUUAAUCUUUACCGACAACCUGGUCGCCUCAUUUCUACAUCACGUCCACAACGAGCAAACCACUGUUCCUUUUGGCACUAAAGGAUUCUGGGAUAGCAUUUCAUCCCCAAAGGUCUACACUCUCUCUGAUUUGCCCUCCUUGGCGACCGACGCUCUAAUAACCGGAGGUAUAGACGGGUUCAUUCUCGGGUCAGAAGUUUCCACAUCUAACCAUCUUGAGCGAUCACUGAGUGACCUGCUGAAGAGUUACUACAGCCACCAGCCUGACGCCGCAGGGCUGGACGCAUCGCCCCGUCUGAUCAGCCAGAAACGAAGGAUGAACUUCAAAAAGCUGGUCAGCUUCUCUUUGCUGAAAAGCCAGAUGGUCCAGGCUCUAACAGUUCGCCGCAACUUAAAUGAGUCUGAGCGGAAGAGGCUGGAUGACGUUAUGAACGAAGGGUUUGACCAGUUUGUCCAUGUGUAUGCUGUCUGUCCCAAGAUCGUCACGAGGUCUCAAUGGGGAGCUGCAGCUUUCAUUGGUUCUCCCUCCUAUCUGUCUCUUCCUGUGUCGUACCUUUUCAUCCACCACACAUAUCAACCCUCCAAGCCUUGCACCACCUUUGAUCAGUGUGCCAGUGACAUGCGCUCCAUGCAGCGCUACCACCAGCAAAGCAAUGGAUGGUCUGACAUUGGAUACAAUUUUGUUGCAGGUUCUGAUGGAAGCAUCUAUGAAGGCCGCGGCUGGAAUUGGGUCGGUGCCCAUGCUUACGGGUACAACUCCAUAAGCUAUGGUGUCUGUUUCAUUGGAGAUUAUACCUCCACCCUUCCCAUCAGGAGUGCACUGGACAUGGUGCGGUACGACUUCACAAGCUGCGCUAUAAACGGAGGCCGACUGUCCUCAUAUUACUACUUAUACGGACACAGACAAGCCGAUUCCACUGACUGCCCAGGAAACUCCCUCUACCGUGAAAUCCAGAAUUGGUCUCACUGGGAGAGCUAUUUGCCUUGAUGACUGUGGCAUCAACAAUGAAUGAACAACUAAAUAUGUCUCUGGAAAACAGUACAUGUACUAAAUGUGUCACCCAGAAUAAAUGCAU